AUGGCUUCGACUUCUCCUCCUCUGACACCUUUCUCUUUCCUGUUCGCUUUAGGGGGAGCGGAUAGGGACCAUCUCUCUGUGAAUUACAGGUUCUACUUUGAGGAGGUUGGUUUCUCUGCGAACAGACGCUCAGAACUUUAUGUAUAUGUUAAAAUAUGUGAUUAUGAUGGUGGGUUUUGUGUUUUGAUGGAAACCCAGAGAGAGAAAAUGAAAGGUAGGAACAAGCAUGUGGAAGGGCUUUUGAGUAUUGUUUAUGAGCUGUCUGAUAAGCUAAUUUCUUGA